UCCUUUUAUUCGUUGCCAUACAGACUAUUCAGUCUACUAAUGUGAAACAACUAUUUUUCAGAUUCUUUGCUUUCCUUCAAAUCCCAAAUUCCCCAUAUUCUCUCUGGUUUGCAGUUUAUUAGGGUUUGGAGUUGCAGACUAUUGCUGUGGAAUUUUGCGCUUCUUGGUGAGCCGGAAGCCAUGAAUUGAAGCUUAAAUCUUGGAAUUUUUUCAAGGAGUGUGAGAUUGAAAUCAGGGUUUGGCACAUUACACGGAGGCGAAAGAAAGAGAAGACAUAGAUGGAGAAGUACGAGCUGGUGAAGGACAUAGGGUCUGGGAACUUCGGAGUGGCCAGGCUUAUGCGCAACAAAGAGACCAAAGAGCUCGUCGCCAUGAAAUACAUCGAGCGGGGACACAGGAUUGACGAGAACGUGGCGAGAGAAAUCAUAAACCACAGAUCGCUUCGCCAUCCGAACAUAAUUCGCUUCAAGGAGGUGGUUUUGACCCCUACCCAUCUCGCUAUCGUUAUGGAGUACGCAGCGGGUGGAGAGCUAUUUGAGAGAAUUUGUGCUGCCGGAAGGUUUAGUGAAGAUGAGGCCAGAUAUUUUUUCCAGCAGCUUAUCUCGGGAGUGUGCUACUGUCAUUCUAUGCAAAUAUGCCACAGAGAUUUGAAGCUGGAAAAUACCUUGCUGGAUGGAAGCCCUGCUCCACGUCUCAAAAUUUGUGAUUUUGGUUAUUCAAAGUCCUCUCUGUUGCAUUCAAGACCCAAAUCAACUGUUGGAACUCCAGCAUAUAUUGCACCUGAGGUUCUUUCUCGAAGAGAGUAUGAUGGGAAGUUGGCGGAUGUGUGGUCAUGUGGAGUGACUCUUUAUGUUAUGCUGGUGGGAGCAUACCCAUUUGAAGAUCCACAGGAUCCGAAGAAUUUCAGGAAAACCAUCAAUCGAAUCAUGGCUGUGCAAUACAAGAUUCCAGACUAUGUGCACAUAUCUCAAGAUUGUAAACAUCUCCUUUCUCGCAUUUUUGUGGCAAAUCCUCUAAAGAGGAUCAAAAUUAAAGAAAUCAAGAGCCACCCAUGGUUUUUGAAGAACUUGCCAAGGGAACUAACAGAAGCAGCUCAAGCCAUGUACUACGAGAGAGAAAACCCUAGCUUUUCUCUCCAAUGUGUUGACGAUAUAAUGAAAAUUGUUGAAGAGGCCAAAGCUCCUCCCCCAGCUUCCCGAUCGAUUGGUGGCUUUGGCUGGGGGGGAGUAGAAGAUGGCGACAGCAAGGAAGAAGAAGUGGAUCAUGAGGAGGAAGAAGAAGAUGAAUAUGAAAAGAAAGUCAAGGAGGCACAGGAAAGUGGAGAAGUUAAUGUCAGUUAAGGGCCAAUUUGUUGCUUCUUAAUUAUUAGAGACCUAAAGAGUUUUGGUCUUGAAUAUCUCUUAAUUUCAGAAUGGUUUUGCAUUUGUAUAGAAGUCAGUUUACUGCUUAGGACAUUGUUUUCAAUAAAUGUUUGUAAAUUUAUAGUGUUGUGAUAAGUGUCUGACUUUCAACUGUAAGAGAAUGUUAGUCUGCCCUCCUGUCACUGUUAUCUUGGAUAUAUUAGGAUUUGAAAAAAAUACCUUUGUGAGUU